AUGGCACGAAAACUGAGCCACCAGAGGGUCACCUAUGUCCUCCCUCUACCUGAUGCGCCAGGUGGCCACCGGUUGGGGGUCAAUGGUCUAACCGUCGAUCGCCAAAACUCCAUCCUAUACUCCGCGGGUCGCGACGGCGUCAUCUGUUCCUGGGAUCUCGACUUUCCUCUUCCCUCGGCCCCCGAGGAAGCGUCGCCUCCUGACCAAAAGCCUAGACCGACUGGCUUCAAAACCCAGGUUCAAGCGCAUAGCCACUGGAUCAACGACAUAGUCUUGGCACAGGACAACUCCGCUCUCGUUUCCGCCUCGUCCGACACAACCGUGCGACUCUGGCGCCCGCAUUCCGAGUCCACAGAAGUGCCAGAGCGCAUUGGAAAACAUACUGAUUAUGUGAAGGCCCUGGCGAGCCCCGGGAGCCACGCCACUUGGGUUGCCUCGGGCGGUCUCGAUCAAAAGGUUUAUCUUUGGGAUUUGAAUGGCGGCGGGGAGGUUUUGAACAUCAAUGCCGGUGGAGAAGAUUCCACAGAUAAGGGGUCUGUUUAUGCGCUGGGCGCGGUCUCGUCGGUGCUCGCUAGCGGUGGCCCUGAAAAUGUCGUCCGAGUAUGGGACCCCAGGUCCGGGAAGCUGGUGACCAAGUUCGUCGGCCAUACGGACAACAUUCGUGAUAUUAUGAUUAACCAGUCCGGCGAUACAAUCCUGACGGGAUCGUCUGACCAGACGAUCAAGAUCUGGUCUCUCACGGCGGGUCGAUGCAUGAACACCCUGACCAUGCACAAUGAUAGCGUGUGGUCUCUUUACUCAGACCACCCUGAUCUCUCUGUCUUCUAUUCAAGUGACCGAUCUGGCUUGGUGGCGAAGACCGACAUGCGAGGGUCGGCCGAUCCCGACCAGGGCAUCAGCGUCGCCGCACUACAAGAGCACGAGGGCGUUGUCAAAGUUGUGGCGGCGGGAGACUACAUCUGGACAGCUACCCCCAAGUCUAGCAUCCACCGCUGGCGAGAUGCUGACACCACACUUGGAAUCGAGCCGCCGCCAGACCCAGCCCAAACUACAGACUCUGCCACAGCGCCCGCAACCCCUCCAGAGAAGGGACCCAAGAAGAUUCCAUUUAAUUCUGUUUUGCAGUUAUCAGCGACCUCGAUUCUCGGUGGCUCAUCCCGUAAACUGAAUUCUACGGAGCCUAACCUGGAAACAAUUGGCCUAACGAUCCCGGUUCAUUCACAGCCCGAGGAAACAAUUGAAGGCCAACACGGCUUGAUCAAGUGCUUGAUGUUGAAUGAUCGGAGACGCACACUUACUCAGGAUUCGGCAGGAGAAGUUGUUCUCUGGGACCUGCUGAAGUGUAUCCCUGUCCAAAGCUUCGGCAAGCGUCAUAUAGACGAUGUUGAGUCGGAGGUUAACACCGUUGAUAGUAUUGGACAUUGGUGUACCGUCGACGUGCGUACUGGCCGGCUAUCAGUCAUUCUGGAGCCCAAUCGCUGCUUUGACGCAGAAGUUUAUGCCGACGAGAUCGAUUUGCCACUAUCUGAUCUGUAUCAGUUUAGAGACGAUCAAAGAAUCAAUCUCGGCAAAUGGAUUUUGCGUUGGCUGUUUGCUCCGGUAGUGGACGAGGAAAUCCGACGAGAUAACGAAUACCGCGAAGCUGCCACCGCGAGAGCAGAAGAACAUGCUCGACUGAAUCCGCCGAGUACAUCAGUACCUGGCGACGAUAUCCCUCGCAGCGUUGGCAUCCCGAUAUCAAAUUCUCAUCUCAGAACGAAUCUGCGUUCCAGCUCAGAUUUCCCCGGUAGCCCGGGCGUCGGCUUUGGAAUCAAUGUUGGCACACCAUCGUCAAACUACUUGAGUACUUCCAUGCAGAGCAAUCCCCCGUUCCCAGGGUUUGAACCAGAAACACCUGAUGCCAUGCCAACAAAUUCCCACCUCGAUGGCGGGCCAUCAUCCUUCUCAUCAAACGACUAUUUCUCGAAAAGGCCUCUAGCGGCUGCACAAACAGACGCGGACAAGUCUCUUCUAUCUCCGUCGGAUACGAACUCAAAUGCAGGAGUUCCCCAAUCCCCCGCAGAGCCCGAUAAGGAAGAGCGGAAGAAGGGUUCACUAUUUGGAAAGAAGUUCCAAAUGAAUUUCCCUAAGAAGUUAGGUCGUAAUUCUACGGAGACAAAGCCUCAGAUAUUGGAAGAAAAGGCCGAAGAGUCCGAGAUCUCCUCCAUCAAAGAAGAGAAGGUGUAUGAGCCCAAUCUCUGUGGUGUGGUUGACCGCAUGCAUGAUGAUUAUGAAGAAUUCCUGGCUACAAAUCCAGGUCGGGAAUUGGAGACGGCUCUUUUGCCCAGUGGUGACGAUGAAUCCCCGCGACUGGAGAUUCCACCUCGAACUGCAGUCUUCAUCCAGGAAGAAACCGGCGAUACUGCCGUUGCUUCGGAUCUAUACAGAGGUAGCGUGGACCGCAUUGGCGAAGACCUCGAAAGACUCAAGAAGUCAAUUCCUCAUUGGCUUGGUGAGCUUCUUCUGAAGAAUCAAAUCCCCUUCAAGGAGCAGGUCAAAAUUGCCUUUGUAUUGAAGCCCUUUGAUGAUACCUUGCCGCCAGUCGUCAAGCCCGAACCGCCGGCUCCUAACGGCGCCCCUCCGGGCACUAUGAACACCAAUAACAAUGGCUCUCGUCUCAAUGCCAACCGCAUGCUCCGAACGAAGAAAAUCCUCGCUUAUGUCGCAGAGCGCAUUGACCCUGCAAACCCGGAUGAACCAGCAGAGUCCAUUAUGCCACCAGAGGAGUACCUCGAGCUCUACUGCCAGAAAAUGCUCUGCCCACCAAACAUGACUCUAGCAACGAUUCGCACGCAUCUCUGGCGCACCUCAGGAGAUAUGGUCCUCCACUAUAAGACGAACGGCAAGAAAGAGAUUCACCCUCCCCGGUCUCUCCUGGGAAUUGAUGAGAAUCACGUCCUCGCGGAAGAAACCCCUGUGACGAACGGGGAUAGCAAUGGACAUGCACCCCCUGGUAGUAUCCAUUCCGUGACCAACUCUGGCUCUAUCGCAGGCUCUGCUAUUACCUAG